GACUGGUUUGCCUGCCAGGAGGUACCAGGAGCCUGAGCCUUUUAGACUGAGCCAGCUGGGACAUUGGGCAAACUGCAACCUUUAGGAUCCACAGGUCUCAGGCCCAAGGGACUGGUACUGGCUCCAGAGCAGCUACCUGUGGCCUUGGCAGAAGUUAUACAUCUAGUGCAGAGACAAAGGGCGCUCAGCAAGGGUGUGGCCGGAAAAUGAAAGUCCAGGGGUUACAGCAACGUCUGAGGUAACCAGGGCUCCGCUGAUGACACCCACCUUCCUCUGGCCACUUCUCACUUAGGCACGGCAUGCCGGCUGGAGGAAGUCUCCAGAGCAGAACAUCAGACCUGAAGAAGAGGAAGGGCUCUGCAUAAGGCCAGGCUGCUGCAGCAGUCCACUGUGAGCCACGAGAGGUCAUGGGGAAAGUCCCGGAUAUCGUCAUGCGUGACAGCAUCUAAUUAAUCAUCAACUCUGUAACGUGAUCUCCAGCCUAUAAAAGGAGAACCUUCAGAGUCUUGUAACCCUGACCACUGGCCUUCACAGACAUCUCCAGACCCAGGGACUUGUGCCCCAGGAGGAGCCCAGGCUAAUGGGUUCUCGCCUCAGCCCUGAGGCCAAUGCCGAGGUGCCCCGCGAGGCCCUUAGUUUUCACGGGGACGCCACGGGAGCACAGGUGCAUCUGGAUGACCAGCGGAGCACAGCGCGCAGGCGCUCCACGUUCCACGACGGUAUUGUAUUCAGCCAGCGUCCUGUAUGGCCCGGUGAGCGUGUAGCGCUGCGUGUGCUGCGACAUGAAGAUGGUUGGUGUGGUGGCCUCCGCGUGGGCUUCACGCGCCUGGACCCCGCGCAAGUGGCUGCGUCCUGCCUGCCACCCUUCGUGUGCCCGGACCUGGAGGAGCAGAGUCCCACGUGGGCAGCGUUGCUUCCAGAGGGCUUCGUUCGCGCGGGGAAUGUGGUCUGCUUCUGGGUGAAUCGUAGAGGCUGGCUCUUCGCCAAGGUCAAUGCUGGCCGCCCCCUCUUGCUGCGCAAAGACGUGCUGGUCCAGGGCGCCCCGCUCUGGGCAGUGAUGGAUGUGUACGGGACCACGAAAGCCAUUGAGCUGCUGGAUCCCAAAGCCAACGCCUGGAUCACCAGUGGGGAACCUGUACCAGAGUCUGAAGUCACAUCAGGAGAGGAGUGUGUCAUCUGUUUCCACAACACAGCCAACACCCGCCUCAUGCCCUGUGGCCACUCACAGUUCUGUGGCUCCUGUGCCUGGCACAUCUUCAAAGACACGGCCAGGUGCCCCAUGUGUCGCUGGCAGAUCGAGGAGGUGGCUGUAGUGCCUUCACUGAAGACUGGGGAAGGCUCUUGAGAAGAUGGCUUCUUGGAGUGUGUGACAGAUGGGACCUGGCUCUGAGGCAGGCCCCUGCAAAAGGAAAAACCUCUGUCUGGAUGUUGGUCAGCAAGCCCAGUCAAGGGCCACCACGCCUG